AUGCCUCUCGCGACAAUCCACCUGAUUUCCCUCUCUCCUUCAACCACCCUCCCCGACUUCCUCGCGGCACUCAAAUCCUCCCCCGUCAAACCGCUUGUAAUCUCCAAAGUGAUCCGCUGGGUGAUCACGCCCACAAAGAUCGAUGCUGAGCCGCUCCUCCACCCAAAGAAGCCAUGGGAUCUUCUCCUCAUCGUGCUGGGAACCGAUCCCCUUCCCGAGACCCUGAAGAACAAGAUAGUGUGUCAUUGGCACUGCUCGACGGGGAUCCCCAGCCGCUUGACCAACGACUUCCCCGCGAGAAAUGACAGACUGCUUCAUCCGCCGACUUCAGAAGUCCCAGCCCUGACCGGGUCAUUGGACAAUCCACGCCUGGGAAGUUCGUCCCAGACGCUCGAACUCAGCAACGACCUACAGUCGUGGAUUUCGCAGUUCUCGCGCACCACCGCGGGAAAAUCCCCCCUGUCCAUGCUCAACCUCUUGGCCUUCAAGUCCGGCAUGAAACCGUCCUAUCUGAAAUACGGCGCCGCGUUCGCCGAGUCCAUCGGCUCCCGCCGCGGCGGCAACGCAAAGCUGGUCGGCAACAUCACUUCCCAAACCCCACAAGAACAGUCCGGUGGCAAGUGGGACGAGUUCGCCCUCGCGAGUUACCCUUCCAUCAUGCAUUUCGCCGACAUGCUGGCCUCGCAGGACUACCAGGCCGUCAACUUGAAAUAUCGAGUCCCGGCGCUGGAGGAUACGUUCAUUCUGUGUACAAGCGAGAUUGAGAUUGAGGAUCUCGUCCGGGGACAGGGGAAUUUGGGGAUUGGAAGGAGAGCCAUGGGUGGGAAGUUGUGA